AUGGCAGUGUUCUUCAGCCCAGAUUACAAAAAAGAUGUUGAUGAAUGCACGUUGGGCACUGCUAAUUGCCCACAGGACAGGCAAUGCAAAAAUACCUACAGUAACUACAUGCGUCUUUGUCCAGUCGGCUACAAGUUUGCCUACGUCAAUGGGAAGCUGGAUUGCGUGGAUGAGAACGAAUGUGGCAACAAUCGCUGUGACCCUAACGCCUACUGCGUCAAUGUUGUCGGGGGAUUCCAAUGCAGAUGCAAUGAUGGUUUUCAGGGCGACGGAAACAAAUGCGUUCCAAUUGAUACCACGACUUGCUUGGACAAACCUUGCUUCCAAGAUGUGGAGUGUAGCGACGUACCCAUCAGUGCUGAACGCGAACUACCAGCAGAGGGCGUCACCUCUAUCAAGCAGUAUCAGUGCGGGCCGUGUCCACCGACGUUUGUUGGGGACGAUGAGAACGAAUGUGGCAAUAAUCGCUGUGACCCUAACGCUUACUGCGUCAAUGUUGUCGGGGGAUUCCAAUGCAGAUGCAAUGAUGGCUUUCAGGGCGACGGAAACAAAUGCGUUCCAAUUGAUACCACGACUUGCUUGGACAAACCUUGCUUCCAAGAUGUGGAGUGUACCGACAUGCCCGUCAGUGCUGAACGCGAACUACCAAGAGAGGGCGUCACCUCUAUCAAGCAGUAUCAGUGCGGGCCGUGUCCACCGACGUUUGUUGGGGACGGUGAAACUUGCAAUCCCUCAACCAUUUCUGUCAUGAUUGUCGUCGUCGACAAGGGUGAGGGUGACCUUCCGCUCAGUGAGGUCAGCGUCAAGGCCCAGGUGGAGCGCAGCGACGGACAGACCGUUAUCAUAGCAGAGGCCACAACGGAUCUUAACGGUCUCGCGACGUUGCAGGUCCCCUCCGGCAUCACCCUGCAGCUAGUAGCUACCAAAGACAGAUUUGUGCACAGUAUUAAGUCCUACUUUGUUCAACCAGAAGGAGGGAACGUUGUCCCGAUUCCCAUGAAGAGCUUUGAUGAGUAUGCGGCUUUCCGCUACAAUAAGGACACCUCCAAGUACUUUGAGUUUGGCAACAUCGACGAGGACAAAUCUGGCUUCCGACUGAGUUUACCUGAGGGAGCCCUGAGAGCACGUGACCGCACCUUGGUCGAAGUCAACUACAAAGGAGUAGACGUCUCUAGCCCCGACGCCCUGGCAGCGUUGCCGGACCUUGGCAAAGUCGAAGGAGAGCCAGGUCAGCGCUUGAUCCCUCUAGGGGCUGCGGAGUUGUCCUUACUCGACGAGCAAGGCCGCAGGGUUAACCUGAGGAGGCCUGCCUCCAUGACGUUCCUCCUGAAGGAUUACAUGUACAUGUACAUGGAGCAGCUGGGUGUCGGUGAGACUCUGGCAGCGUACUACUUCGAUGAGGAGCAAGGCAAGUGGAUCAAGGAUGGUACGGGCACGAUCAGGGAUAGCGUAGACGGACCCGCUUGGACCUACGACACCGACCACUUCACUUGGUGGAUCGUUGCCGUCAUGUACACUCCAACUAAAUGCCUGAAGGUCAGGACUUGCUACGAUGCUGGCUGCACGCGACCGGCUGCACAGAUACCCAUCAUAAUUUACGGAGAGAACUUCUUCCUGUACGAAGAAUACACAACUGGGGCGUCGGGCUCCAUCUGCGCCAACGUCUUGAGUGACAGAAUGAGCCAGGUGGGCGUGCUGCAGAACUGCACCGGGGAAUCGCAACUGGUGACAGCCAGUACGGCCCGGGACGCGCAGUGCGGCGACGGAAGCAACGGUUGCGAAGUUGUCACCUUCAUCAUACCCGAAGGUGUGUCUGGAGUGUGCCCCAACCCCGGAGAGCCCCUGAACGGCGUGCGCUCGGGCAACAGCUUUGGCCUUGGCGAUCAAGUCUCAUUCUUCUGCGACCCCGCCUACCGGGUCAAUGGCAACUCGCAGCGCGUGUGCCAGCAGUGCGGCAGGUGGAGCGGGUUCCAACCUUUCUGCACGCUGGCCAACGAGGGCAGCGACAGCUCCUUUGGCAGUGGCGACAGCUCCAUUUAAACAAAAAAGAAAGAGGUCCAAAACCAGACCUUCCCGGUCGUCAUGCAGUGUCGGGGUAAUAGGUAAAUCUCGGUAACGCAGUUGGUGAAGUAUCCGGAACAGACUCAUUCAGCAACCUCCAAUUACAAGUCAUUACUGUGGUGAAACCAUGCUCACUUGCAGGUCGUAUGCGUGCACUCAAUGCUAUGUCAACCGAAAUGGUUACCACAAGGUCAUCUACGAAAACGUGCGAGUGUGGUUCAUCUUGAGUAAUGGCUUGUAAUUCGCAGAAUUUGCCUAUACA